UCUUCCUUCCUUCUCUCUUUCCUUUAUCCUUCCUUCCUUCCACACCUUUCUUCUUCCCUUUCGUCCUUUCUUCCUUCCUUCCUUCCUUUUUCCUCCCGUUCUCCCUCUAUCUCCUUCUUUUCCUUUUGUCUUUCCUUCCUUUUCUCAUUGCUUUAUCCUUCCCUUCCAGCCUUUUAUCCUUCUCUUCUGUCUUUCCUUCCUUCUUGCUUCCUUCCCUCCUGCCCUCUUGCAGUCUUUUUCCUUUAGCCUUCCCUUCUUCACUUUCAUCCUUCCUUCCUCCCUUUUGACCUUCCUUCCUUUUCAUCUUUUCUUCCUUCUCUCUCUCUUUCCUCCUUCCUCCCUCCCUCCCCUCCUCUUCUUUCUCCUUCCAUCCUUCCCUUUCAUCCUCCCUCCCUUCCUUCCACCCUUUCGACCUUCUUUCCCUUUUGUCUUUCCUUCUCUCUCUCUUUUUACUUCCUCCUUCCCUUCCUUCCAUCCAUCACUGGGCAGCCAGUCUUAGCAGGGAGUGCUAGCAUGCGGACCCUAAGUUAGAAAGUUUGCCCACGCCUGGUGUAGAUGGUUGAGGCCCUGCCUUUUUGCAUUUCUCUUUGCCAUAAGAAAAUUUUAAAUUCUGGUGGUUUGAGAGGACAUGAGCUUCUGCCUUACUUCUUCUGACACAUUAGUUUUCAAUAUCUAUUCGAAAUAAAAAUGCGCUGCAACAAUGCCCCGCAUUGUUGCAAGAAGCACUUUUGUUUACAAUUAUGCCAUUAAGCUCGAAUAUAUUCUUUUCUCAGUCACUGGAAUCGUUUCAGAUUGAAUUGCCCUUGGGGAUAUAGUUAGAACUCUUUUAUGAAGUUUGAAAACGAUGAUUUGUAAAAAAAAAUCCUGAACUUAUUUCCGACGUCGGAAAUGUGUCCACAGAAGCAACACUUGUCUAUCUUGAGGCCCUGGCGGCUGCAAAUUCUGUCGGGCAAAACCUCGCAUCAUGAAUCAUCUGUUGCAAAAAAAAAUCACCCUGUUUUGUACUCAAAGCGGGCAGAUCAUUACUGGGAAUAAUGGCGAGGAAAUGAGGUUUUGGAGGGCCUUUGUUUUGUGUUUUUGCUGUGGCACAUGAAAAGCCACAUGCGACUUAAAUUAACAGUAAAUGUACUUUAAUGGCAUCGGCACCCAGAGGCUCUAAUUAAGGGUUAAAGCCACAGGAGAAGCACAAUUUGGGGGCUUAAUUGCGGCCUUGUUCGUGCGUCAUUGCUUAAGUUUGGAAAGUGGUGGUGAUGGGGGAGAAUAGAGUGGUAGUGGUGACAUGAAAGAGGAGGGGGGAUCCUUUUGAGGGGGGGAAGUACAAAAUAUAAUUGGCAAACAGGUGUAGCUUGUGGCAGAGUCCAACCAGAUGGCAAUCCUUGUGCAUCCUCCUCCGUCCGCUCCCUUCCUCCUGGCGCUCCUCUCCUUCUCCGGGGGCAUGAGGGCCGCACCAGCUGCCGUGCUUCCGAUCCCAGAGGGUCCUGUUUGGAAACACAGCGAGCACAGUCCAAUGGCCGUUUACCCUCAAAUAGGUCCCACUGUUUUCAAUGGGGCUGCUUCUCAGGGAUCGGCAGACAUAGGAAGGGAUGAGCUGCUUGCUUUUCUGUCUGGGAUGGCGGACCGGGCCUCCCACAGGCGUGGGGCAAGGCAGGAGAAGGUGGUGCACAGCCCUCGGGAAGAGCGGGCGCCCUUCUUUCGGCACCCGGCGCGGGAAAAGGCCCCUUGCAAGAACUUCUUCUGGAAGACCUUCUCCUCCUGCUAAAAAUAAAUCAUUUCCAUCACACCAGUGGACUCGAGACCAAAGGGUCAGUGAUGGCUCUCCUUGGGCGUCAGCGUUGCUGCCUGAUUAGAUUUCUCUUAUUUUUGUUCUUGUUGUUGAUAGUAGACCAGGCAUGGGCAAACUUUCUAAAUUGGGGGCCACGUGGAGGGCUGUGAAGGAGAGGGUUCUCCCCAAGCCCCCUCACUGCCCUUCCCUGCCUUUCCUCUUCUCUUUUGGAGGCAGAAAGUCAACGUGUGGAUCCCAAAAGGGUUUGUCUUGGUCAGGAUGAGAUGAUGGACGGGAGAGAAGAAGUGUCUCCAUGAGACCCCAUAUUGACUAGUCCUGAUAUAGAAACCUUGAGCUGGAAGAGACCCCCAAGGGCCAUCCAGUCCAACCCCCUGCCAUGCAAGAAGGCACAACCAAAGCACUCCCAAUAGACAGUCUCUGUGGAAAAUCCUCCAGAGAAGGAGACUCCAUCACACUCCCAAGCAGCCAAUGCCACUCUCCAGAAUAUUCUUCCUAAUCUUUUCAGUGGAACCCAUGGCUCCCUUGUGUCCUGGUCUCUAGAGCAGCAGGAAGUCGGUUUCCCUCCUCCUGCUCCUUCUCUUUGGGACACCCUUUGAAAGCGUGAAACUUGGUUCUCAUGUUCCCUCUCUACCUUCUCUUCUCCCAGAUAAACAUCCCCCAGGAGGAAAGAGGGAUGAAAGGGUGGAAGGAGGGAGGGAGGGAAGAAGCAAGGAAGGGAGGGAAGGAAAGAGGAAGGAUGGAAGGGAAUGGAGGGAGGGAGUGGAGGGAGGAAGAGGGAAGGAUGAAAAGGUGGAAGGA